AUGUCCGCAAGAUUUCACCUCCGUUACUUCUCCAUUCUCUUUCCACUCUCAAUUCCCGCCCUUCUUUUCCUCCCCGCCCCCCUUCUCACUCUCUCAAUUUCCCUGCCGCUCUUUUCAUUGUGUCACACCCCGUUGCACCACACUCCCUAUUUCGUCCCACCCUGCCUCUUUCACAAUGUGCAGUUAGAGGAGAACAAACGGCUGAGGGGGGAGAGGGUGGAAGAUGGCACUGUAACGGUGGACAAGCCGUUGUAUGAGAUUUUGAAAGAGCAGAAGGAGAAGAAAGAAGCGGAGCACAAGGAGAAAUUCAAAAACCGCCCACCCAGGGCAUUGGAUGAGGACGAGCUGGAGUUUCUUGAAGCCGUGGAGCAGAAGAAGAGGGAGGACGAAAAGGAGAAGGACGACGAAGACAAGCGUGCACUGUCAGAGUUUCAGGCCGCACUCUUGAGCCGAACAGUCACCGUUGAUUCCCAUUCCACUCAUGCCACUCCUGAGUCGGCCACAGCACAAGCAACUGGUGCUCCCGGCUCUUCUGGUUCUUCCAUCGUGGCUGCUAUUCGGAAACGAAAGGAGCCGGAUCUCCCACUCAUGCCUCGUCUGGGCGUGAAGUUCCCCCAACAGCAGCAGCAGCAGCAGCAGCAGUCCGAGCAAGCGGAAGAGCUUCCGUGGGACCAUGGCGACAACGUUCCCGUCGCCCCCGUUAUCGCGUUCCCUGGUAACCACCCGAGCGUCGCUGGUAACCUCGCGGGUAACCACAUGGGUGUCGCGAGUAACCACGGUGGUAACCACCGCCGAUCGCGAUCCAUGGGAAUGGGGGCUAUGGGUAUGGGGGCCAUUGCGCCUGAUUUUCUCGCGCAGAUGGGAGCAGCGGGACAGUUUCCGCCAGGCCCCGCGGGAGCGGGGAGAGGCGCGCAUCCGCCUGCGCCAGAGGGGAGAGGGGAGGCGGGAGCGCAGGGGAGAGUCGGGGGCGAUAUGGACGGGCGCGGAAGAGGGGGAGGCGCGGGCGGAGGAGUUAGCGGCCCAGGGGAAGGUCCGAGGGGGAAAGGCGGAGUGGGGGGGGAAACCAGAGGUCCAAGCGGCGGAGGGCAGGAGGCGCAAGGCAAGGGGGCGAAUUUAGACAGUAUUGACCCUCGGUUUAAGCCUAAGUUCAUAAAAUCUGGCGGGCGGGUGUGGGAGAUGUUUUCAGGACCGUCCGUUAAUAUUCUGAGGAGAGAGGACGACGCGGAUUUGCCGCCGGAGGACUUAGCAGCUAUGGUUGCCGUGCCUGUCGCGAAGCCCUCGCGCCAUCGGCGCACCAAGUCCGCCUUCCCCGCGGACUCCGGGCAGUUCUUGCAGGAAAUGGACUUCCGCGGAGGGGAAGGGGGGAACAGAUCGGGGGAAGGGGCGGACGGGGAAGGGGGAGGCGGAACAGGAGCGUGGGGAGGCGGAGGGGGAGGUGGGGGCGGGAAAGCGGGCGGAAUGGGGGCUGGGGGAACUGUUGGGGGGAGGGGGAGCGGGCCUGCAGGCGGGCAGAGAAUGUUAUCGUCGGCAGGGGGGGUAAGGCGCGCCUCCCUUGACGGCGGCGGAAGGGGCGCUCCCCUUGAAGAGGGGGUAAGGCGCGCCUCUCUUGACGGAGGACGGAUCUCCGCGCCAGUCCCCUCCUCCUUCUCAGACCCUUCCAAACCGAUCCCCACCCAUCCUCUGAGGCAUCGGUCUAUGGACCUUUCAAGUAGUAACACUAGUUAUGGUAACAAUAGUUACAGUAACAGUAGCUAUGGCAGUGGCCCCGGAGGAGAUGGGGGAAGUGAUGCAUUGGGGGGGAAUGCGCGCAAGGGGAUUGGGGGAGGGUCUGUGGGCGGGGGUUUAGGCGGGGGAGGGUUGGGGCGGGGGGGAGCAGCGCGAGGGCAGGGCAGCGGGAGGGAAAGGGGCGCACAAUCCCCCCUUGGGCAAAUCCGUGAGCAUGGGGACGAUAACGAGGAGGAUAGUAACGAGAUUUUCUUGCAGCAACACCAGGAUGGCAAUUCCGGGAAGUACGGAAAUGGGAAUCAAGCUUCAAGCCAAGCAUCCGCCCUCCUUUCCCCCCUGCACGGCGGAAGCCUUGGGGGCGGAUUCUCUGGGGGAGGCGGAAGGGGAGGCGGAGGCGGAGGGGGACGAGGCGCAGGGGGGGGGGGCGGGGGGCAGGGUCACAGGCGCAGUCAGAGCUUGCAGGGGCCUGGGGGAGGGGGCUGGGGGUUCUCUGGGGGGGGUGGCGGGGAUGGGUGGGCGGGGGGAAGCUAUCAGGCGGAGCAGGCGCAGGGGCAGGCGCAAGGGCAGGGGCAGGGGCAGGGGCAGGGGCAGGGGCAGGGGCAGGGGCAGGGGCAGGGGCAGGGGCAGGGGCAGGGGCAGGGGCAGGGGCAGGGGCAGGGGCCGGGGGGGCGGAUGCGGAGACCUAGCACGGGGCAGAUGGGGAGAGGCGGGUUCGUGGGGGAAACAGGCUUGGUUGGGGGAGGGGGAAGAGGCGGAGGCAGGGGCUGGGUUGGGGGAAGGGGCGGAGGAAGGGAGGAAUUAGGGGGAGCAAGAGGUGAAGGGGAAGGAAAUGGCAAGAUGGGAGAUGGAGUAGUGGAGGAGAGGGUGGGUGAGGAGGAGGGAGGAGAGGAGGGAGCAGAAGUGGAGGAUGGGAGAGUGCUUCCGGGGGAAGAGGGGGAUGAUGAUGACGUUCCCCUUGCUCCUGUUUCGCCUGUCCCUGUGCAAUGGGGUGCGUCUAACGCAGGCUUUAAGGUUCCAAACUCAGGAGGAGAAGGAAUUGGGGAAGGAGUGGGAGUAGCAGGCGUGAGGAUGGACGAUAUGGGUCAACAGACGCAGCAGCAGCAGCAGCAGCAGCAGUUGAGUGAGCAUCAGCUGAUGCUGAAGCGGCGGCACCAGCAGAAUGAGCAGGCAAUGCAGAAGGAGCGGGAGAAGCAGGCGAGCGUGCAGGGUCAGCAGAUACCGCAGGGGCAGGGGCAGCAGGGGCAGCAGCAGCAGCAACCUCACCACCAGCAGCAAUGGCAGUCGCCGCCGCAGCAGCAGCAGCAGCAGCAGCAGGGGCAUCAGGGGCGCGUGGGUCACAGGAGAAGUCAUUCCAUGGGAAUGGCGGAAGUGGGCGGCUUUCCUUCAGACCUGGGGCAGCAGAUGUUCUCCCCACAACAACCCAUGGGGUUUGUACAGCAGCAGCAACCGCAACAGCAGCAGCAGCAGCAGCAGCAGCAGCAGCAGCAGCAGCAGCAGCAGCAGCAGCAGCAGCAGCAGCAGCAGCAGCAGCAGCAGCAGCAGCAGCAGCAGCAGCAGCAGCAGCAGCAGCAGCAGCAGCAGCAGCAGCAGCAGCAGCAGCAGUGGCAGCAGCAGCAACGGUACAACCAACAGCAGCAACAGCAGCAGCAUCAGGGGCAGGGGCAGAGGCAGGGGCAGGGGUGGCAGCAGGGAUCGUGGCAGGAGCAGCAAUACGAGACAGAGGAGGAAAUCGACCAGCAGGAGCUGUUCCGAUCCUCCACCGCCCCGGCCAAACCUGCAGGCUCGGCGAGAGCUGCUCCUGCUGCGGGUGCUGGUGGCAGUGCAAAAGGAUUGGGAGGGCAACCCAUUAUAAGCACUAAGAGUUAUACCAGCCCUAGCCCCUCCAAACUUCACGCUCAUUCUAGUCACGUGGGAGGAGGGAGAGGAGGAGGAGGGGGAGAAAUGGGGGGAUGGGGAGGGGGAGGAGGGAGAGGAAGGGGGGGAGUAGCAGGGGGAGUCGGAGCAGGUGGGGGAGGGGCGGCACCUCAAGGCAUGUCACGGCAUAAGAGAACAAUGUCUGCUAGUGCUGCUGCUGGGAUAGGUGGCGCGUUUGCGGGAUACUCUGCUGUUGCAGGUUUUGAUCCCGGUUUUGGUGCUGGUACAGGUAGUUCUGGUGCAGGUAAUCCUGGUGCUGGUGGUUUUGCUGCUGUUGGUGGUGCCUCUGGUGGUGCUAGUGGUGGUUACCACACUGGUGGUAACACUGGUGCUCGUUUGCCGCCCCCCCACUCCCCAGCUCGUCCAGGGGCCAUGCUGGGGGGAGCUGGGGGGAAAGGGCGACGGGGGGAGUUGGGGGAAUGGGCGGAGUUGGGGGAAUGGGGAGAGCAGGACGGGGGGGAUCGCCCCUCCGUCCUUCUGCAGGGAAAGGGGGGGGAAUGGGGGGAGCAAGGGGGGGAAGGGGUGGAACAGGGGGAGGAGUAG